AUGCUGAUCCAAGAACCUUGGAUUGUAAACAAUCGGGUUUGUGGACUGAAUACAAACGGCUAUCGGUUCAGUGACAAUGACAAUGUAGCCAUGGCCAUCGAAUACGACUCCAAGGCCCUUUGGAUUGUCUCAGCAUAUAUGGCACACGAUCACGGUGCCACUCCGCCACAGGACUCCCUCAAGCUUCUGGUGUCAGAGGCAAAUAACAGGAGGAUCCCGGUGAUCAUAGGAGCUGACGCCAACGCACAUCAUGAGAUGUGGGGUAGCACAGAUACAAACGCGAGAGAAAAACGUCCAUUGAAGUCAUUAGUAGCUUCCCCAAUAUUCCGUAGUCCAUCUGCAAGAUUGUUGCAACGUGAAUACUGCACAGCCGAUGCUGAACGUUGCGGUACACUCGGCAGCGGUAGUGUUAUUGGCAUUACAAACAGCUCCACACUGAGCAGCACAGAUGGUGUCUCUAGUUUGGGUUCCAUUGUGAGCAGCACUGGAGGUGCAAGCAGUGGCAUCGGCAUCGGCAUGGGAAAUGAGGUGCUGCACUACACAUUUAGGCCAAGUAAACAAAUCAGUUAUGCCACCUUAAAUAAGAAGGGCAUAACCACUUGUAGUCCACCUUUGGGCAUUUCACCCUAUAAUACAACUACAUCAUCCUUAUCAUCAUAUCAUCCUACACCACAGCCAAUGGAAGUUAGCUUGCUCAGUCCGAAUAAUCCAUCAGUAACUUCAUCGCUAAGCGAAUACAGAUUUCGACCGGAAGUGGUAACCACAUCGAAUCGAAUACAGGAAAGUUGUAUAUAAAUUGAAAAAAAAAAUAUUUUAAUAUAUAAUCGAUUUUUAGUUUGUAGUUUAGUUUGUA